AUGGCUAUAAUCUCUGAAACUUCCGAAGACGGCUCUAUCGGCGGCGAUCCAAGCAAGAAACCCGAAGAACUCCACAAGAACCCAACAGAAGAAGACGAAGAAGACGAAGAAGAGAAUCAAAACAAGAACCCUAACGAAGAAGACGUUCAAGAAGAAGAAGUAGAGAAUCGUGCUCCGGUUCUUUAUGCUUUGAUCGGAUUCCCGCUUAAUAACUUCCCGAGCUGGUACAUUCUCAACCUUGAGCGAGGUUUGAGCGAGGUCGGUUCACUUCCUCCUAUGAAUCCUGGCUCUGCUGUGGUCACAAUCGGGUACAAUAUGUAUGUGAUGGGUGGAUGGAUCGGGUUGAAUCAUCCUGUAUCAACUGUGUUUGUCAUCGACUGUAGACUCCACACGUGUGGCUAUCUCCCACGUAUGAAAAGGCCUCGGUACCGUGCAGCAGCCGGAGUAGUUGACGGAAAGAUUUAUGUCAUCGGAGGUCGUGAGAAGGGAUAUGAUGAAGAUUGGAUCGAAGUGUUCGAUGUAGAGAAGAGGACUUGGAGUAGUGUGCCUGAUCCAUCCGAUUGCAAUUCAAGUUUGCCAGGAGGAGGGUUUGUGACGUCUGUGGUGAUGCAAGAUAGGAUUUACAUUUUGGAUGCUGUACGUGGUUUGGUUUACGAACCAAGACAAGGUAUAUGGCAGUCAUGGGAAAGUGGAACUACGUUGAUGGAACUUUGGCGAAAUAAGUCGUGUUGUGUGAUUGAUGAUAUGUUGUAUAGCUUUGAUCCAUGGUGUGUUCUUAAACAUCCAAUAGUGGUGUUUGAUCCAGAUGAAAUGGUUUGGUCUCCUGUGAAGGGUGUAGAUCAUGGUUUGCCUAACCUCCAUUACUUUGAGUGUAAAAUGGGGAAUUUGGGUGGGAAGUUGAUGGUUUUUGGCGCUCUUUACAAAGACACUUGGUGCAUAGAGAUUACGUUAGAGAAACGUGAAGGAGGUGAGAUUUGGGGGAAGGUCGAUUCACAGAAGCGUGUGCUUAGCUCAGUGAACGCGCCUCAUAUUGAUUUUUGUUGCUCUGUUACGUUUUGA